AUGUCAAGAAGAGAAGAAAUUGAAAAAGCAAUUAAUGAGCUUAUUGGACAACCAAAAGAAUUUGGAGAGGAAGAAAUUGAUAAGGCAAAGAUUGAAAAUGAUGAAGAGCUCAAAAUGAAGGAUUCGUUCACAGUUGGUAAGAUUAAAGCGGCACAAGGCAUUGAAGAGGAUAAAAAAUGGGAAGGGAAAGUCGUUAAUAAAGAAGAUGUGUUCAAUAAUUUUUCUAAGUCAAAUGAAGAAAGUGAAGAAGAUAAUUCAAUGAGUGAAGAAGAAGAAAAUUCAGAAGAAAAUAAAAGUAAUGAAGAAGAUAAUUUAAUGA